AUGGGCUCGAAACGCGAUUGCCGUGUUUAUGUUGGGAAUCUGCCAGCAGAUAUUCGUCAACAUGAUCUUGAGGAUUUAUUUUACAAAUACGGCAGAAUAAACUUUAUUGAUGUCAAACUCAGUAGAGGAGCACCGUUUGCAUUCAUAGAAUUUGAUGACCCCAGGGACGCAAGGGAUGCUGUGAGAGGAAGAGAUGGAUACGAGUUAGAUGGCGUUCGUAUUCGUGUUGAAAUGACCCGGGGUGUUGGUCCUCGUGGUCCUGGUGGUCGUCCGUUAUAUGGGCCUGAUCGUGACCGCCGUCCACCACCACGUGGUCCACCACCUCGUAGAAGUGGGUAUCGUGUGCUUGUUACUGGUUUACCGACAACCGGAUCGUGGCAAGAUCUAAAGGAUCAUAUGAGAGAAGCAGGUGAUAUUUGUUAUGCCGAUGUUUUCCGCGAUGGCACAGGUGUUGUUGAAUAUACGAGAUAUGAAGAUAUGAAAUACGCCAUAAAGAAGCUUGACGACACUAAAUUUAAAUCUCAUGAGGGUGAUUCAGCGUAUAUUCGUGUGAAAGAGGCAGAUCGUCGCUCUCGCUCACGUACAAGGUCACGGUCGCGUUCACCGCGUGGGUCACGUGAUUCCCCUCGUUACAGUGAUGAGCGCUCACUUUCUCGAUCGCGGUCGCGCAGCAAUAGUCGUUCACAGUCUCGUUCUCCAGCACGUUCGGCAUCGCCGGCAAAUUCGUCUCGCUCGAGAUCGAGAUCUCGUUCGCGUUCGCACUCUUAG